UGUUACACUCUGCUGGAUGUCGUGAAGUCUCUCCUCUACCUCAUUGAAAAUCCGAAUUUUGAAUCGAAACCUGCUAGCAAAAAAGACGAUGCGGGUUUAGCAGGUCUGCCGGUGAAUGGGGAACGGUUUGCGCCGAAUAAGGCGUGGUGCGAGUGGGCAGAGACCCACGGAUGCCUUCCAGUUGGUGAGGAAGAGGAUGACGACGAAGAUGAUACCGGGGGAAGGAAUGAGAGUAGGGCGGAGGCGAGUUUCGUGGAUGCCGUGCAAGAAUCAGACAGUGGGCUCGACAGUGUCUCUGAUGACCUUGCCUCUGCCUACAAAAAAGAUGACAAUGAAGACUUUAAUUAUGGUGCAGCCGUGUUCGACGAAAAUGUUCUGUCAUUUGCAAAUAUGCGGUUCUCCGUUGAUUCAGAGAACGAAUCACAAGUUUCACCGUCCUUUGAACGCGAAUACACACUCGGAUACAUUGAGACCCAACGCAUUCUUAUUUGGCAUCCUGAAGGUAGUCCCAAUGCUAAUACCCCCUCGGUGUUCUACUUUUGCGAGCCCCUCGGUGAUGAUUCUUAUCGAAUGGAAUUUGAAGAUCUUUAUAACAUGCUUUUGACAGGCGAUGUGUUGCACUCGAUGCAAAGUCAUCCUGAAUCAAGACAAGCAUCAAGUCUAUGUCCGUGGUACGAUUUCUUUCAGCCUCAGCACUAUUCCUAUCAGUCGCACAACACUUCCGUCUCCGACCUAGCCGUAUUCUUUUCUGAAAAAAUGUUAACGAGGCCCAUAUUGACUGACGACUUUUGUCCAUGGUCUCAUGUAGACGGAGGAGGAAUUUUGGGCAUCUUGGGUGGGCUGUUUUGUGAGCGACGCCGACGGAAUUGGUCUGGGCGCACAUCUAUGGAUAACAGUGUAAGUGGCCGUGAUAUGGCUUUCCUGUUCAACACCAGUUUUGAGGUGGAGGAUAGUGACACUAACAAGGAAUUUACAGUUGACGAAGACGAUGCAGAAGAGGUAAGAGAUGAAGACGAGGCCUCAAAGGGGACAGUGAAACAGGUGGACUCGAAUGAUGUGGAAGUGAAAGCGGACGUGGAAAAAUUGGAAUCUAGUAGAGAAGCAGAUUCAAUUUUGGAAGACCAUAAGACAUGUGAUGUUGAUGGUGCUGAUGAAGUGCAAAGCGACAUUGCUGAAGUUGAAGUUGAGGAAGUUGCGGCUUAUGAUCAGAUCAAUGUUCCUGAAGACACGCAGUCAUCUAGGUCUUCAGGAACAUACGAAAGGGAACUGCCGGAAUCGUAUCGGUUGGGCGACAAUGGAUAUAUUACAUAUGAAUACUUCCAGUGUGUGAAACAAAUCAACAUGAAAAUGCAGCCACAAUGGCAGUGGUUUUUCCGUCAAACACGCUGGCCUUUUCGAUUCGCUCCACAGCAGAAUGUUGAUGUGUCUGUGCAUGAGAAUCGGAUCCCGCCAUGGCGAGCGAGUGUCGGGCGUCUGCUUUCGGAUGUCUGCAAUUUCUGCGCGAGAAAUCGGCAAAUGCAAAAUCUCAUUCUUCUCGAUCCCAUGGCUUUAUCACCGCUGCUCAAUCUGAUGCGACACUCCACGGAACCAAAAGCCCAUCUGAUUGGUGUUCUGUGGAUGACCCCAAUUGAUGCUCUUUCUCCCUUUUACCACGUCCCUAUUCCUCGUCAAUAUGUUGAAGGUGGGGAAGAGGUGGAACGCCCAUACCCGCGACCACUUUAUUUGCGAUUGCUCACUCUGACAGCCUUUCUGUCCAAUUGGCUUGCCUGGUUCUCUCGAAUUGAGACCUAUUCUUCACUUGGCACGUAUCGUGUUUCGCCAGCAGCUGUGUCCGACCCCGUGGCAGGAUGCGUGUUGCAACCAUGCAGUUUGGGUUGUGGUCAGUCUCCCCUUAUUGAUCUCUGGCCGCUUUGGUUGGCUCGACGACUGCUGCUCUUGCCCUUCCAUCUACCUCGGCUUUGUGGCAGUCACAUCUCGCGACACUUCUUUCCUUUCACUGACAUCGACGUAAUAUGA